AACCUCUUUUACACUAUUCUUUAAAAGUAUCGUUCAUUCGAACUUUUCAUCGAACAAGUAGCGAGCGAAAUUUGCAAUAAAGAACCAUGUCGCCUAGAAACAAGGCCUCCAAAAAUAAGAUUCAAGAUGCCUCCGUUUCUCAACAGCAACUUUGCUAUGAAGGGGAACAGCUUGUUAAUGUGCUUAAAUCAAUCCAAAGAGGGAUAGAGUCGGCGAGAGUAUUGGCUGGAAACUCCUUGCCUGAGAAAGUGUGGCUUAAGCAACAAUUUGCAAUUGGUGUUAAUGAUGUAACCCGUGUACUUGAACGGAUGCCACUCAUCACCGACGAGGGAUGCACCACCCAGUCUCCUUGUGUUAGGCUUCAGGCUAUUUUGUUAGCUGCUGAUUGCAAUUCAAAGUGGCUGACGAAGCACCUACCCAUGUUGGUUAAAUCCAGAAAGGUGCCAUUGAUCAUUGUUAGAGAUGAUAAAAAGGGGUCCUUGAGACUGGGCGAGCUUGUAAAGCUAAAAACAGCAAUUGCAAUUGGAGUAAAGGCUCGAGGAAGUGCUAUCAAUCAAAUAAUGGAGGGAAUUCUUGAUGGUGAUGAACUGAAUCAAGAAGCAGCGCUUCAAGUUCAGUGACUUGCCUGUUAUUUUGUUAGCUCAUUGAUUAUAGCAAAUACAAAAUAGUUUCUGUUAUCUGA